ACGUGUCUCUGAGUCAGUGCAGAGGGAGAGCCUCGAAGUCGGUGGUCCUUGUUCCUUCUGCUCUCUGUCGAGUCCAGCGAAAUGGUUGCGGUCCGAUUGGUGCAGUCAGCUGUUCUUGUGUCCUUGCUGGUGGCACUUCCGGCCUGUGUCACUUCUGAAAACACGAAUGAAAUACCGGCGUCCAUUCUUUCCUCCCCUGGGGAUUCCCUUACAGGAGACCAAAGCAUAAGCAAACGCACUAUAUCGUUCAAUUCUUGCACGGGCGUCUACGACCGCGAACUUCUUGUAAGGCUCGACCGCGUGUGCGAAGACUGCUACAACCUCUACCGCGACGUCGGAGUGGCGGCCGAAUGCAGGAGUAACUGUUUCCACAACGAGGUGUUCCUGUACUGCGUGGACUACAUGUUCCGGCCUCGCCAGAGGAACCAGUACCGGGCCGCCCUGCAGAGGCUCGGCAAGUAGGCGGUUCGUCUUCGGUCAACCCUUCCUGCGGGGACGCUCGCCGUGAGAUUUUUUCUAGGCUCUCCUUCGGUUGCUUCUGUAUCCUAAGUUAGAAACGGAUAACAUAUUGACGUCGAGGUGUUUCAUGUACAGUGUCUUCAUAAAGCAGAAAAUAUAAAA